AUGAGGGUCUUCAUCUGCUUUGAGGGCUACUGUGAGCCUUUUGAUGUCCCUGCAGAUCAGACUGUUGGGGCCAUGAAGCAUAUGAUUAAGGAACAUUUCCUGGUGCACUUCUCAGAUGACAAACAGGUCCAUCAAUAUCUGGAACUGAGCUAUGGUGGGGCAGCACUGCAGGACACCUGGGCACUGUGUGACGUGGGCAUCAGGAGUGGCAGCGCCCUCCGAUGUCUGAUAAAGAGUGAACAAAGGCCUGCGAUGCAUGUGUUCAAUGCUGUGUCAGGAGAAACCUUACCAAUUAUGGGAAGCGAGGCUCUUCUUCAAAUGUCUGUUGGUAGAUUGAAGACUGUUUUAUCCAUGCAAAGUGGUCUCCCUGUCAGCGUCUUCAGACUGAGCACAGCUGCCAAUGUGCAGCUCUAUGACUGCAACCAGCUGAGAGACUAUGGCAUUGAAGUAGGGUCUAUACUCCGUUUGGACACAUGGGAUGGGUGGGUGGAAUUCUUGAGGGGCUGCCUCCUGGGUCAUAGACCAAAAGUCCAGAGCCACCUAUCAGACAACAAGCCAGUGAUGAGGUUCCAGCUACAGGUUGCCCUUUACAUUGCUGCCUGUCUUGGCCAUCUGGAUCUGACUGGCUGGCUGCUGGAGAGUGGAGUUCACGGUGAUGAACCAGUGGGGGUCCAUCCUUACCGCCUGUGGUGCCAUCAAACUGCCCACAGAGACACCAGAAAGUGUCCUAUCCACAUGGCUGCUGAGAGAAACCAGCUUCUCGUCCUUAAACUCUUCAUCAGCAGAAACCCCCUGACCUUGGCUUGUCGAGACCCUGAAGGGCGUGACCUUUUAAAAGUUGCUCUACAGCAGGGUCACACAGAUUGUGUGCGAUACUUAGCCAGCAAGCUGUUCUCUGUAGUAUCCCUUCCAGGCAUGUCCCUGCCAAUGCGUAUCUACCUCCAAAUGAAACGCUGGGCAAGUUUGGGGCAAAAAAGAGCAGCCUCUAAUAGAUGCCAACACAUCAGUGUGGCUUUCAAAGCAAGGAUGGGGAAUAAGUUGCUGGUAGAUGGCUUCAACCAACCAAUUAUGUCCUCCAAAUGCAGGAAAUCUGUGACAAAGCAAAGUAGAGGAAUCAAGGCAAAAGAGUUGCAGCCCUUACCCCUGCACAUUAUUUCCAAAAGGACACCACCCCGACUCUCCAGCCUGCUUUCAGUGAACCCUAAAUCUGAAGACAUGCAUAAAGAGAUGCAACAUGAUUUAAAGAAAGGGAAGGGUGGCCUAUUGGAGAAAGUCGGAGAUGAAGACAGCAUUUCAUGCAGGAGCAGGUUUUUACUCCCACCUGUCACCCAAAAAAGUAUUACCAUGCCGCUGUUUGAUGGUGCUUCGCCAAAACCUUCCCAUUUUCUGACAGCGUCUCUGGAGUCCUUUCCUUCACACUGUGGUCGAACACCAAGAGAAAAUGCAAUACACUGCUUCAUCACAGCAAGUGCCUUCACAGAGAAGCCUUGGUUGAAGCAGCUGAAAAUAGCACAGACCCUGAUCAAGAAACGCGCACACAUGGCCUGA